AUGAGUCCUGAAUACAGAUAUUCAGACCAACCGAUAAACUAGCAGUCUUUAAAGAACAAGAAAACGAAUAUGGGGAAUUUAAUGCAAUCUAAACUUGACUUCUAUAAGUCAAAAUAGUUGCUAAGAAAGCGCUCUUUCUUAAACUCAACUUCUUUCAAAUUUUAGAAUGCAUUAGAAACUCUACCUGGUUAAAACUCAGCAGCAAAUCCUAAUCAAGUAAUAAACAAUCCUUACUCAAAUAUAUAUUAGAAUGCCAAGAAUUAAAAUUAAAAGACAUUUCAGCCUGAAUAGAAGCCAGCUAAUUGCGUUAAUAAUUCUAACGUAAAGAAUAGCAUAAAUACGAAGGAAGUUCAACCUAGUGAUCUUCAAACGUUCAAAAGACGCAGACAGAAUCUCCUCGGAAAUUAAGGCUAAUCAAAUUCAACUAAAAAAUUGAUUGGCUUAAAAGAAAGUUAUCUGAAUGGGAAUGAAUGUAGCGUGAUAUUUGAAGCUGACGAUGAGAGCAAUAUCUCUGUCUUGCCUGAAAAAAGCAAGAUUACAUAUCAAAAGGUAGCAGAUGAAUAAGAAAUUCCAGAUUAAACUGUUGAUGAAGGAAAUAAUCAACAGAACUUAGAAAAAGGAGAUGAAAUUCCGUUGAUGAAUGAUUAGAGCUAGAUUUAGAAUUAGCUAAUCACUUAAUAGGAAUAAUAGGAAUAAUUUAGAUAAUUAGAAGUUAAUGAAGAUAAUGGAGAGAAUCUAUAAGCUAUUAAUAAUCAAGACUCAAAAAAUAAUGAUUCAGUGGGCAGAUUUGAGUCUUAAUAAAAAGUAGGAGAAAAGGAAAAUAUAGAGUAUAAUAAUCAUGAUGAGGAAGAAGAAAAAUCAUAGGCACAACAAAGGUAGAGUUUUUUGUAAUAAAUUAAGGAAAGUCUUAGUCAAGAUAUGAGAAAUUCUAAUUAGCAGAGAGCUAUGUCUAGUCGACUAAGAAAAAGAGAUGAAAAGCUAUUAAUAAAGCUAAAACAUAGAUAACUAGAUGAAUACCAAAAACAUGCCAAUAAUUAACUCCUAAUUUUGAAAUACACUUCAAAUAGUGAUUAGCAGUAACUGCAGUCAAAAUCUGUUUUUAAAAUUAAGGAACUGUACAUCAAGGCUAUUAGUGAUAAGCCUCGAAGAGCUAAUGGUCAAAAAUAGUGCACCAUCUGUGAUUACCAAGCUUAAUAUAGUUAUAUUAUUUACAGGCACAUGGCCAAGCAUGUUGAAGUAUCUGACUAGUCUUUGAAUUUUUAGAAGAGACCAAAGAACUAAAGCUCAACUGAAAUAAUGCAUCGAUGUAGGAUUUGCAAAAUAAAAUUCUCUGAUAAAAAAGCACCUAUAAGACUAAUUAGACAUGUAGCUGAAUGCUCUCUGAAGCAUAACAAAAAGGUGACACUUCAGCACAUGCUAGAUUUCAUUUAGUUGGACUACCCAAUUCUCCAUGGCAGGAAAACUUAGGCAGGUAUCUCUGAGGUACUUAAGAAAAAUAAAAAGCAAUACAAGCAGACGAUUGAGAAUAUUGAGAUCUUCAGAGGAACAAUACCGAUGGCUCACAACUACAUUGGCUACAAGGAAUACAUCAUAGAUAAUGAUAAAUAGCUAGAAAAAUACAUGAGAAAUGCAAAAAAGAAGUCAAAUAUUGAAGAUGAUAUUUACUGCCCAGAGGGACUAAAGAUAGAAAUAGAAACUGAUCUAUCUUACCUUAAUGAAAUUAAUGAAUGA